CUUCUCUGUGUAUCUUUUCUGAACUGGGAGAAUGUGAGCACCCAGAGCACACACCAGAACUCGUGUCUGAAUUCAGGUUUGCACCAAACCAGACUGAAGCAAUGGAAUUUGACAUUUUUCAGAAAUGGAAGGAGUGCAGGGGAAAGAGCCCGGCGCAGGCUGAAUUGUGCUACUUGAACAAAGCUAAAUGGCUAGAAAUGUAUGGUGUAGAUAUGCAUGUAGUUAAGGGAAGAGAUGGUUGUGAGUAUGCUCUUGGACUGACACCAACUGGCAUAUUAAUCUUUGAAGGAGCCAACAAAAUAGGCUUAUUCUUUUGGCCCAAAAUCACAAAAAUGGACUUUAAAAAGAGCAAGCUAACACUUGUGGUUGUAGAAGAUGAUGAACAGGGCAGAGAGCAAGAGCACACAUUUGUUUUCCGGUUAGACAGUGCCAAAACGUGCAAGCAUUUGUGGAAGUGCGCCGUGGAGCACCAUGCUUUCUUCAGAUUGCGAGCUCCAGCAAAUAGUAAAUCUAGUAGAUCUGACUUCAUAAGGCUGGGAUCACGCUUCAGAUUCAGUGGACGGACAGAGUAUCAAGCAACACAUGGGACAAGAUUGCGCAGAACUAGUACAUUUGAAAGAAGGCCCAGCAAGCGAUAUCCUUCUCGAAGGCAUUCAACUUUUAAGGCCAACAAUCCUGUGAAAGCAGCACCACUGUGUGCUAAAAAUACUCCUGAAGUCCAUAACUACCAGCCACAGUAUCAUCCUAAUAUACAUCCUGCUCAGGCACACUGGCAUCCACAUACACCUCUGAAUGUAAGCUAUCCCUUGAACAACAGUGACCUGCAUCAGUUCAACAUUGAGGAGAAUGGUGGAGCACCAUAUACCACAAAAAUGCCUGCAAGGCACCACCACCACCACCGUCAUCACCAUCACCACGCGAAUUAUGGUGCCCUUGCUCCUGACAGCAAAGACAUUGUUUCUGGAGUUCCAAACCCAAACAGUAAAUCCUCCUCCAAACUGAGCUCAGGACUUCCCCUUCUUUAUGAUGAAACUUCUCAUCUGAAGAAAAUAGAAACGGAGAGUGUGAAGGUAGUUGGACCAUGGCCAGCUCUGCACGUCAGCAUGAACAAGGGUGAAGACAAGAAAGUAUCUGAAAAGACUCUUCAUGCCCCUGUGUCACCUUCAUCUGUACCUGACCAUAUGAAGUGCAACAUUCUUAAAGCUCAAGUGGAAGCUGCCAUUAGAGUAGGUGCCCAGACGGUGGAAGAUCUGCUCACCAUGGUGGCCGAGCUGAAAGAUGAGGUGGAGAGACUGAGGGCCAUCAGGGACUGUGAGCGGGAGAUCGACUGGUGGA